GCGGAAAAUUAGUUCAGUGCUCGGCGGAGAUUUGGAUCAUACACUUGUGUGUGCUCUCUUUCAAAUCGAAUCGAAUUGUCCUGAAUCCGAAACUCAAGGAUCUCGAGAGCGUUGAUUGUGGGUGUGUUAAACUAAUGCAAAAGUAAUCAAAGCCGGACGCAUUAAAGUGACGCGGCUGGAAGUCCAUAAAAAUAAACUACAUAAAAGCAACUUGCGGUGCCGGAAAUAAUGUCAACCACUGCCGAUCCCGUGGCGCAGGGGGUAAACUCCCCCGUGGUGGAUGUGGUGGCCAAAACCACCACAACGGUGGCCAAUGCGAUUGCGAAGACAGUGGCCGUAAUUAGCAGCACGGUCUCAACUAGCUCCACAACUGGCGCCACUUCCACCAUCCCAACGAGCAGUAGUAGCACACCCACUACCUCGACCACUUUCGCCUACACUCCCACGCCCUCUCCCAUUCAAUCAACAUCCCCAUCCCUGGAGGAUGGCGCGGAGAAACUCAGCGUGAAGGAUUUGAGCCAGGCCCUGCAGCAUUUCGGUAUUGUUGAUUACUUGGUCUUCAUCGCCAUGUUGGCGGUCUGCGCCGUUAUCGGCUUCUAUUUUGGCUUUAUCGAAAAGAAGCAAAAGAAGCAGAAGCUGGCCGGCAAGGACGGUGGCGGGGCGGCGGGCGUCGAGGAGAGGCGUGGCUCGGAGGCGCUGGACUACCUGGUGGGCGGACGGCAAAUGAAAGUGUUUCCGGUCGCGCUGUCACUUGUGGCCAGCUUUGUGUCUGGAAUCUCGCUUCUGGGAACUUCAACGGAAAUCUAUGUAUAUGGCACGCAGUACGCCUUCAUCCUGGUGACCCUGGCCAUUUCGGGAGCCAUUUCAUGGUAUAUCUUCCUGCCCGUGUUCUGUAAUCUCCAGCUGACAUCCACGUAUGAGUAUUUCGAGAUGCGCUUUAACAAAUCGGUUCGCCUGCUGGGAUCCGCCUUCUUCACCGGUGCAAAUCUUAUCUGGCUGCCCAUCGUUAUUUAUGUGCCAGCACUGGCUUUUAAUCAAGUUACUGGAAUAAAUAUCCACGUCAUCACUCCAAUCGUAUGCCUCGUCUGUAUAUUCUAUACGACGGCUGGGGGGCUGAAGGCCGUUGUCUGGACAGAUGUGAUCCAAACCGUCAUUAUGAUAGGUACGGUUAUCUUUGUCAUCAUAAAGGGCACCCUGGAUGUGGGCGGACUGGGCGUGGUUAUUCAACGGAAUUUGGACAGCGGACGAUUCGAGUGGCCUGAAUUUACACUCGAUCCCAAAGUUCGCAUGUCCAUGCUGGCCUUGAUGGUCGGAUGUGUUGGACACAAUAGCUACCAGUUUGGCUGCAAUCAAAUGAUGACCCAGCGAUACAUGUCCCUUCCUGGUGUAAAACAGAUGGCUCAUACAUCAUUCAUUUUUAUUGUCGGAUUGAUUCUAUUGUUUUCACUCUGUUUGUACAAUGGUCUCCUUCUGUACGCAACGUACUACGAUUGCGAUCCGCUAACAACCAAGUUGGCAGUGGCCAAGGAUCAAUUGGUUCCGCUGCUCGUGGUGCAAUCGAUGAGCUCAUUUCCCGGAAUUGCCGGUAUGUUUGUGGCCGGAGUGUUUAGUGCUGCCCUCAGUUCGCUGUCGACGGGUAUGAAUUCCCUAUCUGCUGUUUUCCUGGAGGAUUAUAUUAGGCCCCUUGCGAAGAAACCCCUUACCGAACACCAGACCGGCGUGACCGUGCGACUUUGUACGGUCAUAAUUGGCAUUAUCAGUGUGGCCCUGGUCUUUGUGGUCGAGCGGAUGAGCUCCCAUGUGUUGCAACUCGGCAUCGCCAUUGGCUCAGUGGUCCAAGGUCCGCUUCUUGGUCUAUUUUCGAUGGGUCUGCUGUGCCCAAGUAUCAACUCAAAAAGCGCCAUCACGGGAUCAAUUUUCUCCUUCUUCUUCAUGGGUUGGCUUAGUAUUUCGGCCCAAAUUGCCAUUAACUCUGGGGAAAUUCAUCCCGAGGAAAAGCCAGUCAGCGUGGAAGGCUGUGAUUAUGAGUUCGACCGUUCCCUGCUGACACCUGCAAAUGCCACUCUUCAUAUGGGAGAAUCCGCGUCCCUUAGUUUCGCCGAGCAGUUAUACCACAUAUCCUUCAUGUUUUACACUGUAAUGGGGGGAACAUUGAGUGUGAUUGUGGGCCAUUUAGCCGGCUUCAUAUUUGGUCGCAAUAAGCCCGGCGACGUGGAGGACGAUUUGCUAUCGCCCUGCAUACGCAGAUUCCACAAGUCGAAAUAUUCCAGUGUAAAUUUAAAUGAGGACUCCUUAAGGAGUGCUGAUGAGAAGCCAUAGAGCAUUCUUUGACUAACCUAUGUUUAAUUUACUAAUCCAUUAAUUUCUGUUAUAUUUUUAUUCCCUUUCACUCAUUUAAAUUUUAAAAGGUACUUAAAUGAUUUAAUAGAAAUACUUAAUUGCCAAUUACUUAAUUUUUUGACGCCCAGAAGAUUGACAAAAUGUAAAUACCAAACCUUUCGUUUAUGAAAGUUAGCUAUUCAAUCGCGUUCUUAAAAAUAAAGCUUCAAUGACUUACACUA